CUCCCAAACAAGACAAAGACAAGGACAAAAAAAAAUCCUCCGCCAAUCACCCCUCCGUGUGACCCUGUCCUCCCAAGUAAAUCCCUCCUCCCAUGCACAGGCACACGCCAGUCGGUCCCCGCGACGCGACCUCCAUGGAAGCACUCAACUCCCUCACCGCCAUCGCCCCGCUCCUCCUCCGCAACCUCGUCACCUCCGCCUUCGUCUUCGCCGAAAACUCCUUCCUCAGCCUCGCCGAGAAGUACCGCCUCCUCGAGCUCCUCCGCUACCUCCUCCUCUCCUCCUUCCUCUUCUUCCUCCGCCUCCUCCCUUCCCUCUUCCCCUCCGCGGGCCCCGCCUUCCGCGACGGCUACGACGCCCCCCUCAAGCCCCCGAAGUCGUCCGCGGCGGCCGCCCCCUCCGGCGCGGGCGACUCCGGCAUCGCCCGCGCGCUGUCGCAGCUCCUCGUCAUCGUCAACAACGUCCCCGUGAGCUCCCGCAAGUACGAGGCCGUCCGGUCCCUGGCCGAGAGGCUCAUCGAUGAGAACCAGCGGGAGGGGGCCGAGGCCCUGCUCGAGGUCAAUCGGACGGUUCUGUCCGCGGCUUUCUCGAGGACUCUCUACCAGCUCGAGGCCGCGAUGAUGGAGAGAGAGCGGCAGCGCGGCUGCGUGGCCGGCGGCGACGGCGACGGCGACGGCUCGGUGGAGUACAGGAAGAACCGGGUUCUGAGGGCGAUUCGGUCGGUUCGGGAUGUGGCUCGGCGUGGACGGGUCUGGUGGUCGAGCGAAGAACCGACCCGGUUGGGGAGCUCGGCUGAGAAGCUUGCCGCCGAGCUGGUUUGGUUGGCGCAGAAAUUGGCGGCUUGCGGGUGCGCCGAGGAUGCGGUCCGUAGGUGGGCGUCGGCUAGUAAUUUGGCUUGGCUCGCUAUCUCGGCGGAGCCGCGUCUCCAAGGUUCCCUAGUCAAGGUUUCUGCAUUCCUAUUCAAGCAAGCCAAGAACAUGGGGCUGGACGAAAUCGAUGAAAGCAAAAAGGAGCAACAACGGCAGACAAGGAUGAAUAUGUUGAUGUCAUGGUUGCCGCUGCUAUGCAGAGCAAGCAAUGGAACAGAUGUCCCCGUUCUAAGCCUCAGCGAAAGAGCUGAACUGGAGAGGGUGUUGGAGGAAACCAUCGAAAUGCUGGGACAGGAGGAGGAGCAGGAACAAGUGCUCUCCCAGUGGCUUCACCACUUCAUGUAUUGCCCAUCAUCCGACUGGCCUAAUCUUCAUGCCUCCUUCACUCGCUGGUGCACGGCUUCUCGCAAGCUCUUACUUCUUCAGUGAAUAUGUAGUUGAAUUAGUUUACUAAAAGAAGUUUCUUCACUAGCUAGAGGGUGCAAGGUGUAUGGUAUUGAUACAGCAACAGCAUUUUAAGGUAUUAUAUGAAGUUAUGUAAUCUAAGCUUUGAGAAUGGAAGAGAGCAAAUGCUUCUCGUUGUAGAUUGUACUAUAAUCUAGCAAAUACAGCAGAUAAUAUUCUUUCAAUAUGGAAAA